AUGGGCCCUGGGGUCCCUCCUGACGGCCUUCCUCCUCCUCCUCUCCUCCUCCUGGCAGCCCAUUUCCUGUACCAGAGGAAGGCCGAGUGCCUCUUCCUCAACGGGACGCAGCGGGUGCGGUACCUGGAUCGGUACUUCUACGACCGGCAGGAGUUCGUCCGCUUCGACAGCGACCUCGGGAAAUACGUGGCCGUCACGGCGUUUGGGGAGGCGGAUGCGGACUAUUGGAACGGAGACAAGCAGAUCAUGCAGUACCAGAAGGCCGUAGUGGAUCGUUUCUGCCGAUACAACUACGAGAUCGGCAGCUACGAGGCAGCCAAGAGGGAGGAGCGAACGAUCGGACGGAGAGGUGAGUCCUGGGG